CACACACCAUGUGCUUGUCCCGCUCCGCAUAUUUAUCGAUGCCGGGGUAGCGAUAUCUUCAGGCUCUCCAUGCGCAAACCUGCUCUCGCCACUUAGUUCUCUUUUCACACCUAAGCCAACAAGAGAACAUCAACCAUCUCGAGAGAUAACUCAAGUCACCCAUCGACCAUGACUGCCGCAUAGCGAUUUCGCCACCUUCAGAACACCACUCUCCCAACACUCUCCGUUCCUCCCCACGCCUUUAAACACGCCGUGAUCCCGCGAGAUCACAGCGAGGCGACUGGCAGGAUUCACGGAGACACCAUCGUCCAUCUCUCCACAUGAGCCACAGUCUCUGGCAAUCCCUCUUUCAAGAUGAUGUCGAUACAUUUCGACAAUACCUGGCCAGCGCCACGUAUUCCACCGGCCCCCAACGUCUUCCCUCCAACUCCCACACCGGCGCAACUGGUCUGAAACUCGGCAGCCCAGGGUCUUUGGCAACGUCUCCAAAGACGCCAUUCAGGUCAAGGAAGAGCCAUGGUCAUACAACGCCUGGCGCAAGUUCGAGCAAGAAUGCUGGCAUUGUCCUGACAAGAGCCGAGGUCAACGCCAGAGACAUCUUUGGAAGGUCCAUCCUACAUCAUGCAGCCUCGUCCCAGUCAGAGAACGCCCUCGAAUUCGUCAAAGCCCUACUAGAGAUUCCCUUCUUGGAUCUCUAUGCUCAAGAUGCAGAGAGUGGGUGGACCGCCCUGCAUCGCGCACUCUAUCAUGGCAACAUCGCCAUUGCAAAGGCAAUCAUGGUACGCGAUCUACAGGCCGCCACAGACUUUACAAUCAAUACCGUGCAUACGCAUGCGGGUGGUUUGGUCAAGAUCAAAGACCACGAAGGAAACAGCCCGUUCGAGGUGUUUGGCCUGACCAUUGCUCCUCGGUCAAUCGACAGUGACACCUCGGCGCUCCCGUCGGGCAUCGCAGACGACGACAGUGUCAACGGAGUUGACUAUAAUGACGAUGGCAACGACAACGAUCGAGUUUAUCGUGGUGUCAUCCCGACUGUCAAUCUUGAAGGGGAUGAUGUCUAUGCCUUCGGCAGUAACAAGAACUUGUCUCUAGGACUUGGAGAUGAAGACGAUCGGCAGUUUCCAGGCCGUGUUCAACUGACGCGCCCUGAGCAUCUCGCCCAGCGCCUACAUGAAGACCUUGUCUCGAUCCGACGGGCUUUUUUGGGACAGGAUGAUCAACACACAGCUGGCGCUGAUACCUUAUCUUUCCUGGACCUUCCGGCUGUCGUUCGUCAUAAACCAAUCACGAUACAAAAUGUUGUUAUGGCAAAGCUCCAUACCGCAAUAUUGACAGAUGACCCCUUCUCUAAUCUUCAUAUGUGUGGUUAUGGCCCGGGAGGGCGCCUAGGCACAGGCGAUGAAGUUACCCGUUUUACCUACCAAUGCAUUCAAGGAGGCGGGCUAGCUAAGCGUCGAAUAUGUUGUGUGGCUCUAGGACAGGACCACUCCAUCGCAGUCACUUCCGAGGGUGAAGUCUUCAGCUGGGGCAGCAAUCGCUUUGGCCAGCUAGGCUAUGCCCUCCCGGAGUCAACCAAAACUGAAGCCCCAAUACAGCUGAUUCCCCGCCAGCUAUUCGGUUAUAUUAAGAAAGAGCUCGUUAUAGGUGCCGCCGCUUCUGCGAUCCAUUCAGCGAUUUAUACUUCCAAUGCGGUGUAUACCUUUGGGAAAAAUGAGGGACAGCUGGGUUUCAUGGAUGCCGAUGCCCGCUCACUAGAAGCUCAGUUUAUACCGCGGCGAAUAGGGGUGUCAAUCCUGCAGCAUUCGAUUAAAUCUGUGUCUGCUAUUGACCGUGCCACUGCUGUCUUGAUGGAGAAUCAUGAUGUUGUUGUCUUUACUCAUUACGGAUUCACCAAGGUUUCUUUCGACCUCGAGAGUUUCACCAAUUACUACAUGGCUGACAAUCUUUCUGCUAUGCACAACAGAGAGACGAAUUAUAUCAAGCAAAUAAGUGGAGGAGGGCAUACACUUUGCGCCAUGUCUUCUUAUGGUGAGGUCUACACUAUCGAUGUCCCUCAAGUCUCGGAAACAGCACCUUCAAACAUGUCGACCACAAAUCCAACCAAAGCCCGCAACGCAUUGCCCAAGCCAACCAAGGUCUGGUCUAUUCGCAAAGACCACAUGUCGGCAAUUGAUGUCGCCGUGGGCCAGUAUGGUUCUGUGAUUCUCUGCACGGCCGCUGGCUCUGUUUGGCGCAAGGAAAAGCGGGCCAAUAUAAAGGCAGUGAAUGACAAAAGCCUCGGCAAGACGCGCCAGAAAGAUUACAAGUUUGUACGGAUUCCACACUUGACCAAUGCUGUUGCUGUUCGAAGCAAUGCGUAUGGAGCUUUUGCCGCAGUCCGAAAAGACAGCAUGGUGACUCGUCAGCAGAUCAUUCCUGCUCCAGCAUCUCUCUGGGAAGACCUCUUCCCGCACCUCCCAUUUCAUAACUAUGGCCAUUCAUCCGGGCCGAAUCGUGGCGAUUACAACGCAGCCCAAAUUGCCAGAGCCAUUAUCGCCCAUCCUGAUGCAGAGUCCGACAUCAUCACCAUCUGUCAGCGUCAAAAGCCAUUAUCACAAAGCCAGUAUGACUUGUGGAUUACCUCAAAUGUCACAGACGCGAGAUUUCCCGUGCACUCCUUUCUGCUGAAAGCAAGAAGCCCAGUGCUUCGCUCUGCACUGACUGAAUUCUCGGAGAAUUACUACUACUCGAUCCCAGAGCUGAUGUCAAUCGAGUAUGACCACGAUGGCGACAUUCAAAUCAAGUUCCAAGGGGCGGAUUUCUUGACCUUGGCCAACUUUGUGUUCUAUCUCUACACAGAAAGCGUGAUUGAUGUUUGGCAUUACACAUCACAGGCUCUUCAGAGUGCUCCACGAUAUCGAUCUGUCCGUCUGGAACUGAUGAAGAUUUCCAGUCAGCUGGAAUUGCGCCAUUUGGAACGUGCUGUCCGGGUAAUGACUCCACCAGCUCGGUGCUUGAAUCAAGACAUGGAACUCGCUAUUCUUGAUCCCGACUUUUACUCUGAUGCCGAUGUUGUGAUAGAGUUAGCAGGAGGUGCUGAGCUACCGGCCCACAGCGUGCUCCUUUGCACCCGGUGUCCUUUCUUCAACGGACUUUUCCACGGUCGAGCGCGUGGCAGGUGGGUGUCUUCGCGCAAGGAAGCCGCCGACGAAGAUGUCGAGGCCGUCAGAGUCGACCUGAAACACCUCGACAGGAGUGUCUUCUCCUUGUUGUUGAGGCAUCUCUACGCCGACACGGGAGCAGAAUUGUUUGAUGAUAUAUCCACCAGCACCAUUGACGAAUUCCUUGACGUGGUGAUUGAAGUCAUGUCAGCUGCUAAUGAACUGAUGCUGGAUCGCUUGACACAAAUUUGUCAGGAAGUUGUGGGGAAAUACGUGACGGUACGCAACGUGUGCUCUCUGCUCAAUACCAUUUCAGAGUGCUCCGUGGACAACUUCAAGCUUGCUGCUUUGGAGUACAUAUGUCUCAAUCUCGAAUGCAUGCUGGAGCUGAAGCUUCUGGACGAAUUGGAUGAGGACCUUCUUAUUGAGCUGGACGACGUUGUUCAAGCUAAUCAGCUCUCGUACUCACCUUUUGCACGCAGUGGCCGAGCUGAAGACGAACUGAUGGACAUCUACCCUGAAUUGCCAAUGCAGAUUGAGAUCAGCAAGCGGAGACGAAUAGAUUCUAUGAGACUCAGGUCAAGGCUGGUUGACGAUGAGGAUCGUUUUGCGACUACUAAACACCGGGUUGGGAGCCUUGAGCGACAAUCGUCAUCGCCGCUGAUCCGAGGUCCUCUCUCUCCAGAAAUAGACGAGUCUCCGGACCUUACACCCAGCCCCAGCCCAGCAAUUUUCGCACAAGAUGAAGGAGAUGAUUUGCCUUUCAACAUGGACGAGGACAACAUACGGCUCCCAGGGGUCAUGGACAGCCAUACGACUGCUCCUGGCGUCAAGUCGGGAUCAGGGAACGCGUUGUCUAAGGCAGAGUCUCGGCCUUCCCUGGCCAAGGUCGGAAGUUCGUACCGAGGCGACGAGCAACCGACGCUACCUGCGAGCCCACGGACAUCAGGACUGGGCAUAUCUAGGUCGCCUGUGAUGGCUACAGUCCCUGUCAGUGGAUUUUCUGCGCUUGCAAAGGUGCCAUGGCAGAAGCCUGACCAAGCUUCCCCCAAAACCGAUCUCAAGGACAUCAUGGCACAAGCCUCGGCGUCGCGAGUGUCGAAUCUAACCCAAGCAAUGCAGAAUCUGACAACGUCAUCUAAAGGCACAUCGAAAUUGUCGCAGAAAGAGCGCAAGAGACAGCAACAGCAGAUAGCCAAAGACAUGGAAAGCAGACCCGUUGGCCUCACUCGGAAUGCAAGCGGCUCAGGGGCGGAGCCUGCACCAAGUCCAUGGCAGAUGAUAAGCAAGGCCAAACCGGCGGCUUCUUCGCCACCCGUACAACCAAUGCAGAACGGCUCUGGGCCGAGACCGCUGAAACAAUCUAUGACUAUGCGACAAACGAUCGCUGGCGGUCAGGCGAGCUCAACAGAUUCGGCAGUUACUCCAAAGCGGGCACCUCCGUCUAUAGAACUUGCAUCGACGUCUCAAAGCACACCACCGCAGAUACAGUCCAUUCGGCACACACCGCUGCCUCCACGACGUUCAUCAGCAUUUGAUGCUCGGACGUCAAUGAGCGAAAUUCUCGCCCAACAACAGAUCGAGAAGUCGGUGGUUAAGGAAGCUGCGGCAAAACGGUCUCUUCAAGAUAUUCAACAGGAGCAAGAGUUCCAAGAAUGGUGGGACAAUGAAAGUCGACGAGUACAGGAACAAGACGCGAACGAUGAACGUCGAGGAUCUCGUCGCGGCAAAGGCGCACGAGGCUCAUCUGGGCCUCGACGUGGUGGUGGACGAGGUGGGAAAGGGGUCAAACCCACUUCUGAAGGGCAAGAAACCUAUAUUCAGACAGCGACCACAGAGCGUGGUCCAGGCGAGGGGCGAAACAAUAAUGGAGCACGAGGUCACACUCGGGGUCGGGGCCGGGGCCAUAUGGGCGGACACAAUCGAGGAUCAAGGCAACAAACUUUGUAAUAUUUGAACUACAGUAUUGUGAGACACAAUCAUAGAUCUCUUCUUUUCGUUCCGUGGACCUCUUCCCAACCAGUUCAGCUCGACCAGGUAGCAUCAGCCGU